CGCCCGGAAUCUGCUUCUCCCCAGACCCAGACUAUGCGCGUCAUGGGGCAGCGAACCCUCCUCCUGCUGAUCUCGUGGGCCCUGGUCGCGACCGAGACCCGGGCUGGCUCCCACUCCUUGAGGUAUUUCAGCACCACCGUGUCCCGGCCCGGCCUCGGGGAGCCCCGCUUCAUCUCUGUCGGCUACGUGGACGACACGCAGUUCGUGCGGUUCGACAGCGACCGCCCGAAUCCGAGGGAAGAACUGCGGGCGCCGUGGAUGGAGCAGGAGGGGCCCGAGUAUUGGGAUCGAAACACGAGAAUCUACAAGGACGCCGCACAGACUUACCGAGUGGGCCUGAACACCCUGCGCGGCUUCUACAGCCAGAGCGAGGCCGGGUCUCACACCUUCCAGCGAAUGUCCGGCUGCGACGUGGGGCCGGACGGGCGUCUCCUCCGCGGGUAUGAUCAGUUCGCCUACGACGGCAGAGAUUACAUCGCCCUGAACGAGGACCUGCGCUCCUGGACCGCGGCGGACACGGCGGCUCAGAUCACCAAGCGCAAGUGGGAGGAGGCAGGUUAUAAGGAGCCUUUGAGGUACUACCUGGAGGGCGAGUGCGUGGAGUGGCUUCUCAGAUACCUGGAGAACGGGAAGGACACGCUGCUGCGCGCAGACCCUCCAAAGGCACAUGUGACCCGUCACCCCAUCUCUGACCAUGAGGUCACCCUGAGGUGCUGGGCCCUGGGCUUCUACCCUGAGGAGAUCUCACUGACCUGGCAGCGUGAUGGGGAGGACCAGACCCAGGACGUGGAGCUUGUGGAGACCAGGCCUUCAGGGGAUGGAGCCUUCCAGAAGUGGGCAGCCCUGGUGGUGCCUUCUGGAGAGGAGCAGAGAUACACAUGCCGUGUGCAGCAUGAGGGGCUUCAGGAGCCCCUCACCCUGAGAUGGGAACCUCCUCAGACCUCCUGCCUCACCAUAUGGGCAUCAUUGUUGGUCUGGUUCUCCUUGUGACUGUGGUGGAUGGAGCUGUGAUCUGGAGGAAGAAACAUUCAGGUGAAAAAGGACGGAUCUACACCCAGGCUGCAAGCAGUGACAGUGCCCAGAGCUCUGAUGUGUCUCUCACGGUUCCUAAAGUGUGAGACAGCUGCCUUGUGGGGACUGAGUGAUUAUCCGUCCCACUUUGUGACAUCAGAUCCCGGGACCCCUCUUUCUGCACCUGCAUCUGAAUGCAUCUGUGUUCCUAUUAGCAUAACGUGAGGAGGUAGGGAGACUGGCCCACCCCUGCCCACCGCGCCCCCUCUCCACCCAGACCUGUGUUCUCUUCCCUGUUGGACUCCUCUGCUUUGGCUGAGGCAGGGCUGGGCCCUUUCUACCUUUGUCUUAACUUCAUGUUGUGCUGAGAAAUACUGAACAUGAGAAUUUGGAUGUGAA